AAUGAAGCAAGUAUAUGCCUUAUGUGCAAUUAUGCCAGAAUAUGCAAGAUUGAAUUUAAAUGAUCACUGAUAUAUGUCUUUCGACUGUGAUUUCAGGAUGGACCCUAACCAAUCCAAUGAUGGGUCACAGGGAGGUUUUCCUGGUGGCAACAUUCCUCCCUACCCGGGUGCCUGCAACCCGUACAUGUACGUGUACCAAGCUCCUCCAUCCUGGUUCCCCCAAGGUAGGCAGCUGGUUCCACCCUAUGUCGCAAUGGGGCAGCCAGGUAGCAGUGGGCAACAAGUGUAUCCUCCGGCUGAAAACGCAGAGCCAUCUUUGGAAGUAGAUGAGGAGGAACCAGAGCUCUCCCCCGAGCAUACAGGAAAAUGAAAGAGCACAAAGAAAUGCGCCAGUCGUAUCAAGUUGGCCAACUUCAACCCAGAAGAAGAUGAAUACCUUGUGAAAUCAUGGCUUGAAAUAAGCAAUGACCCAAUUACAAGUACUGGACAAAAAAAGGUCGUAUGUGGGAUAGAAUUAUGGAUAGAUACGACUUGAAGAGGGGAAGAAACCCAUAAAGGAGUGAACGGUCUCUACAGUGCCGCUGGGACACUAUCAAGAAUGAAGUCGGGAAGUUUGCAUCAGUCUAUGCUGAUGCCAUUCGAGAGAAUCCUAGCGGGAUGUCGGAUAGCGACAAGACUACUCUUGCAGCCUCCAAUUUUGCUUCUAUAUGGAAGCACAACUUUGCAUUCAUGCACUGCUGGCACAUUAUGAAGCAUGAGCCCAAGUGGCAGGAUCCAAAGCACAUAACAUUUGAAAAGUCAGGUGCAGCCUCUGGUGGAGGUGACAAUGAUGCUACAAUCAACCUUGAUGAGGACAACGGUAACCCAGGUGGUGCAGCCGAGGAGAGACCUCCAGGCAGGGAUAGGUCGAAAGUAUCCAAGAAGAAAGCAAAUUCGGAUGCGGGUUCAGCAUCAUCUUCGGAGUGGUCUGCGAGAAUGGAAGAUCUAACCUUGCAGAGGAUUUCUUUCAUGCAAGAAGAAUCAGUCCGUAAGAGUGAUCAUUUCCAGCAGCUUGCAUGUAUAGAUGAGAAGCGUUAUGAGGAAAUGAGAAGCCACAAUAGAUCACUGUUACAGUGUGAGCAAGAGAAGACUCGCAUCAUGGUUGAGAACCAUGAACGGGACAAGCUAAAGGAGAAGGAAGAGGAGGAAAGGAUCCUUGCGAUUGAUCUUAAUGCCUGCCUACCGUAUCAGCGGGAGUAUUAUCAAGUUCGUCAGGAGGAAAUUGUGGCAAAGAUUAAAGCUCGGCGCAGUAAUACACAGGCGCCAUGA